AAUUUUCCUCCGCCAAAUUAUCCGAAAUCCACGCAGCUCAUCCCGUGUCGCCACUUCCAGGAACACGCGUGUCUGUCGACACAAAGGCAAAGGUGCCCCCCCAUCGUAGCCUCAAUAGACCGUUGGGGCAAGUGCUGUUAGCGACGAGCGAGCGCCGUUGUGGAGGCCGCGUGGCAAUGUUUACUACCACGGCACCAGCGGGUUUGAGUCGACCCAGGGGGGAGGCCCAGGACCGGUUCAGAUAAUCGUCACCGGUGUUUGCGGCGGCCGUGAGCGGGAAUCGCAACUCGGGGCCCCCCGGGCUCGGGAGUGCAGCGCGCAGACCACUGCGCACAAAAAAACCGCUCCCCAACUCGCACGGACGCGCGCCGUUGGCUCUUAUUUUGCGAAAGUGCAAAUCGGGUUAAGGGCUUCGUGCAGUUGCGAAAACAAGUGUCGAGUUGGGAAAGCGGCUGGUAUCGUGGUGGUGCUGGUGGUGGUGGUUUUCUUUCCACUUCUGUUGUUGUUUUCGUAGUUUUGCUUGCUGCUGUUGUUGUUGGUGUUGGUUGCCUGCUGAGGCUGCCCGCGGGUGGCGGCCGCCCCUUCCAUCGUCCGGUGAGAGUGCGAGCGAUCAAUCGUGCGAUCGAUCGAGCGAGGACGACGCAAGGAAGGAGGGGAGUGAAGACGAUCCGUCUCCCCUCCCCGCCUGCGCGGUGUCGUUCCUGCACAGGUGCUGCCAUGGCCAUGUACCACGUGAUGGUGAUCUGCGGACUCCUUGCGUCCACGUCUGGGACGUCCUUGACAUCGUCCGCGCCGGUCUCCAUUCCCAGCAGCCAAGUGCCCACAAUGUCGCUGCCUGCGCCCAUCCUGGCCAAUGUCGCCCUCAGCACAGUCGCAUCAACCGCAGUCGCCCCCACCACAGUCGCAUCAACCAAAGUUUACCUCACCACAGUCGCCCCCACCACAGUCGUGUCAACCACAGUCGCCCCCACCACAGUCGCAUCAACCACAUUCGCCCCCACCACAGUCGCCCCCACCACAGUCGCAUCAACCAAAGUUGACCGCACCACAGUCGUGUUAACCAUAGUCGCCACAACCACAGCCGCUCACACAGCAACCACUCAAGCAGUGACAUCUGCAGCUACAGACGGUGGUGGGACCUUGGCUGCCACGGCCAUAGCCAAUGAAACCACAGCGGCGACAGCUGCAACCGAGCUGGGCACGGCCACCCCGAUCCCGGCCAAUCAAACGACGGCCGCCCCGAUUACAACCGCGGGCGCGGCCUCCUCCGAAGCCAUGACCCACGCCGUCCCUCCGACCGCUGCCACCGCCGCUCCUCCUCCUCCAGCGACCACCACCACCGGAGGAGCAUCGCACUCCCCACAGGCGAUGGUGCAGACGUGGAAGGUCGUGGUGAUCGUGAUGGCCGUGCUGCUGGCGUUCGUCUGCCUCGUCAUCUACGUGCGCCGCCGCAAGCGGCAGAAGUGCGGCUCGGCCAACCUGUCCGGCGCCGAGCUGCCACGGAUGGGGCGGGAGAAGGGCAACAACCCCUGGGCAGGGCCCGCACCGCGGCCCAACACCUACGUCCAGGUGGACGGCGAGUUCGGCCCGGACUUGCUGCUGCAGGCCGACACGCAGGAUGUCAACCACCAGGACGGAGACGCAACGGUGCACGGAGCUGCAGCGGAGCUGCCCGCGGAGGAAGCGUCGGACUUGGCGGAGCGGGGGCAGGGUCGGGGCGCGAACGGCAAGCGCUCGUCCUUCCAGUCCUUGGUGACGUUCGCGCGGAAGAGUCGCAAGGGGGGUCAGGCGGAGGACUGCGCGGUCAGCCUCAUCGCGAGCAAGGCGGGGAGCGCCGGCGACGAGGCGCCGGCCGUGGCGCCGCCACCGCCGGAGGAGGAGGGCGCCGCCGCCACCGCCGCCGCCAAUGACAAAAAGGGCGCCGGUACGGGGCUGGGCGGGCCCCGUGAUGACACGGCCUCCACCGACACACUCAGCUCCGUGCUCACCGCCGAGGCCUUCAGCGUCACCACGGAGCUGUGAGGCGGCCCAGCAUGUCCAGCCCGGCUGCCGUGAGCCACAGCGUCACCGCCAGGCCUGGAGCGUCGUCGUCAUCACCACCAUCGUCACCACCGCCGGAGGGCGGCCUCACUGCUGGGCCUGCAGCAUCGCCACGGAGUAACCUCACCGCCAGACGUACAGCAUCGUCAUCAUCAUCAUCACCACCACCGCCGCCGCCGGAGGGCGGCCUCAUUGUUGGGCCUGCAGCAUCGCCACGAAGCAAUCUCACCACCAGACCUACGUCCUCAUCGUCAGACGUACAGCAUCGUAAUCACCGCUACUGCCGGAGGGCGGCCACACCACCUGGGCCUGCAGCAUCGCCACGAAGUAACCUUCCCACAGACGUACAACGUCAUCAUCAUCAACACCUUCAUCACCACCACCAGACCUACGUUCUCACCAGCCAGUGUCCCCUGUCACUCAGGCCUUUGCCUACGCGAAGAGUUGUCAAGUUCAAGUUGAUUUUGGUUUGUUUGAACCAGGUGGGAUUUAGAGAGAUCAUGAUACAUGAGUCUCAUUUGCAAGAGAGAACUGGGGCAUCGGUCUGCUGCCGGUAGUCGGGGGGUGGCAAUGAUCGCUGCUGCUGUUGCUGUGUGUGUGUGUGUUUAAUCGCCAAUUGAGUAAUGUGCGGUGUCAUUUUCGAAUUUGGCAACGGCAGCCCGACUUCUCGCGAAUGGCGUCGGGGGGAUCUUCCGACGUCCACCACCGUGAGCGGAGCGGUGACCACGCGCGGGAUGGUUCAAGUUCAUUCGCACACCGUGCUGUUCAUCGAUGGGCGGCCGCCGGAGCCGAGCCGUCGCCGCCUGGCGUGGAGGCAUCGGAGGCUUGGCCUGGGACACCUCAAGUGUUCGUGCGAUGACCGAUCAAAGGAAAAGUCCCACCCAGUUAUAUAUAUUGAUAUGUCUUUUUUAUAUAUAUCCUGGAAAGCCACGCUGAGUCGUAGGAUCUCAGUCUCAGGAAAAGCAAUGCUCCAUUGGGCCUUUAAGAUGUUUUCAGCCAAUGAAUGUGUUUAUUAUACAGUGCGUGGCAAGAAACCGGAGCGCCUGGAGAAAAAGCGCUCGCCUUGCGCGGCGAGGGGGCAAUGCUGUAUCCCCAUACAGAUGGAAACAGAUGGAGAUUAGUCCACACUCUGCUGUACCGCCUUCUGCUGGCGAGCCACGGAAUGGCACCUCCCCGACGCCCUCGGUUAGAAGGGAGUUUCACAACAACAACAUCUGUGUGUGCGGUGAUCCACUAACCC